ACAAGAAACAUUAUCUGGUUUCCGAAUAUGCGGUUACGCUAAUAAUGCCUUCCUUGCUCUUCUACAUGUGAAAGAUUUUACUCUUUUAAUCUUGUGUGAAUUUCAUAGGUCUAAAUACAAACAAAGGCUUAUGAAGAGCUACUUUGAAACCAUUUUUAUAUAUUUACAUAAAUUCAUUUCAGUUCUACUGCAUAGAGGUAAAAUAAUACUUGUUAAAUGAGACCAAAUCAUCUAAUUUUAGCACACAAAAAUUGCUUUGCAUUUCACUUAGGUAAAAUACGCAAGCGACUAGAUUCUAGGCAACUAAGGCUUGCGCCUUCUUAUCUAAAUAAAUUAAUAAGUGUUUUAAUAACGUAAAUAUGUAGAUAUGCCACAAGACAUAGUGCGCUCAUAUGUAAGAAUUUUAUUACAAAAAUGGAUAAAUUUGAAAAAAAGAAAUAUGAAUAAAACGAUCGUCAGGCUUUUGAACCAAAAUAUCACUCCAUAAUCUGUCCAAAUUUUUCAUUAGCGCUUUAAGCGCCAGCAAGAAAAUUUAACAGCUGAUAUGUUGUCUUGUAAAAUUUUCUUUAUCUAUGAAGUAGUAAAAAUGCGUUUUACGCAAUUUAUGUGCCUACGUUUAAAUCAAGCUAGUUUUUUAGAUAUAAAACAACAACAAUUCGUUCCUAAACAUCAACCUGUCUUGGAAAGAGAUGUUAAACGUUUAGAAUCCUUUCUGUUAAGUAAGCCAAAUAUAGUAGUUUUAACAGGUGCUGGCAUCUCAACAGAAUCAGGUAUACCCGAUUAUCGCUCAGAAGGUGUUGGGUUGUACGCCCGCUCCAACCAUAAACCCAUACAACAUUCAGAAUUUCUGCGUUCAAGUGAUAUUAGGAAACGUUAUUGGGCACGUAAUUUUGUCGGCUGGCCUCGAUUCUCCGCUACAGAGCCUAAUAGCACGCACUACGCUUUGGCUCGUUUUGAGCGCGAAGGCCGCAUACAGUCUUUAGUGACUCAAAACGUAGAUCGUCUUCAUACUAAAGCUGGCAGCAAAAAUGUUAUCGAACUACAUGGUUCAGGUUAUACGGUGCAGUGUCUAUCGUGUAAUUAUAACAUAGGACGGCAUGACUUUCAAGCCAUCCUUAACAGUCUUAAUCCAGAAUUUAAAAAUGCGCCAAAUAUGGUAAGGCCAGAUGGCGACGUUGAAAUACCAGCGGAUUACAUAAAGAAGUUUCGAAUACCUACAUGCCCGGAAUGCAGGGGUUAUCUUAAACCAGAAAUUGUAUUUUUCGGCGAUAACGUGCCCAAAGAUCGUCUUGAUCGUAUCGCCGAAAUGAUUUAUACUAGUGAUGGUUUAUUAGUCUUAGGCUCCAGUUUAUUGGUCUUUUCUGGAUAUCGUAUGGUUUUGCAAACCAAAGACUUAAAUUUACCCGUAGCAAUUGUAAAUAUAGGUGAAACACGGGGUGAUCAUUUAGCUGAUAUUAAGCUGGCGGCCAAAUGUGGCGAUGUUGUCCCUAAAUUAUUUGAUUUCAAAAAAUAACCAUACAAGUGUUUUAAAUACUAAAAACUAAAUCAAAUGUGAUAUUUAACUGAAAUUAUUGUUGAAACAAAAAAAAGUUAGUGAAAUAUUCUUACUUACAAU